AGACGCUCGCGAGCAGCGGCUCACUCAGAGGAACCUGGUCACCAUGGUGAAGUACGCACUCUCUGGCCUCUCCAUCGCGCUCGCGGCGCUGCUGCUGGCGCCUCAGCCGCGCCGCGCCGGGCGCGCAGCAGAGGUCGCGGUGGCAGCCGAGUACUCCAUCAAAACCGAGCCCGACUACGAGUUUGGGGACUACAGAGGGAGGUGGUGCAUUGAUGACCACGGAUUCGUGUACAGCAUCGGAGAGGUUUACUACCCAAGCCCCGCGGCGUGCCCGUGCACGUGCACCGUGGAUGGCCCCGUGUGCGUCCGACCCAGGUGUCCCCGCAUCCACCCACGGUGCACGCGGAUCACGUAUAAGGCGUGCUGCCCCGUGUGUGAAGCCAUGGCCAGGGUCUGCGUCUACGGAGGCAAAACCUACAGGCUGCUGGAGGAGUUCAGGGUGUCGAGGUGUGAACGGUGUCGCUGCGAGGCCAAUAGAGAGGUGUACUGCAGCAUCUCCGACUGCCCGGCCCCGCACUGUGUAAACCCCACCUAUGAGCCCAACCACUGCUGUCCCAUCUGUAAGACUGGUCCCAACUGCUUUGCUGGAAGCAGGGUGAUCCCGGCAGGGGAACGUGUGAACAUUGACGAGCAGACGGUGUGUUACUGCACCUACAGGGACGGAACGUGGCAUACCCACCCUCAUGCCACCUGUGAACAGCAACCCCAGCCCAGCCCAACUCUCAGUGCACGCACUGAGCCCCCCAAGGAUGAGGACACAGAGAGGAGACUAUUUCCUAGACUUGAUCUUAUACCCUAAAUUUGACUGUUCGAAGCAGUGCUGUUAUUCAGUUACAAACAAACCCAGGUUUUCAGGGAACUGGACACAGAAACAACAAGUUUCUCAAAAUCAAAUGGCGUUCUUAUGACUAAACAUCUGUUUUUAGUGUCAGGGUGCCCUUAUCCACAGAUGUCUAGUGAAGUAUCAGGAAAUAGCUAUUUAGGUGUUCUUAUCCAUAUUCAACAUUAAGUUCAACACUACUUAGAUUAACUGAUAAAUAUUGAAAUGCACUCUUAUGAUAAAAAGAGAUCAUAUUAUAGUCACAAAAUAAAAAAAACUAUAUGGCACAAACUAGUAAGAAAAUGUAAUUACGUUUUGGAAAUGUUUGGAAAUGUAGCAAAUAUUAUUUACAACUGUUAUUUAGCUGAAGUCUUGUGGGAUGGUGGAAUCCCAAAUGUAGCCCACGUCUAUUGUUCACCUAAAGAAAAUCAAAGUUAUAUUCCACACAAACAAAUAGAUGAUCAGGUCAGAAAAAAUCAUGUUAAGGUGGCAAGCAGAUUAAAGAUGUAGUGAUUUGUCUUCUCAACCUUUCACAGAAAGUUCCAAUAAGCAGUAGCAGCAUUAAUGAUUCUGAUCACACAUCAGCUGCUCUGAUGUUCUCAUUGGGACUAUCUGACCUUUUCAUCUGAAGCUGUUUUAGAGCCCAAAAUGUGACACAGACCAACAGAAGUUGGAAUAAUAACAGGGAAAUAAUGUAUUAAAUACAUAAAUAAUUACAAAUAU